AUGCUGGCUAUUUACAUUUGUUCUUUUAAAAAAUAUAUCUUUAUUGAUUUCCAAGAGGAAGGGAGGGGGAGAGAUAGAAACACCAAUAAUGAGAAAGGAUCAUUGAUCAGCUGCCUCCUGCUCCCCCCUACUGUUACAGAAUUUACAGGCGACCAAAAAAUGCACAGGAGUACAGGAAAAGCCAUUUAUUUUCAGAUGUUUCAGGGAGGCUGUUUCUCUCCAAAUUAUGAGCAAGCCAAUAUGGAGGAAGCUUUCCCUUUAAUACCCUUUGGUUUCUUUGUCCCCCGAAUAUGGGAUGGGAUUUCCAGACUUUUUGCAGGCUCUGCAAAAAGCCCCAUGUGUUGGGGUUGGGGCCAUGAGGCCACAUCUAAAGGCCUGGCCUGGCGCCAGUGCUGA